AUAGUUUUGUAGGCAGAGCUUCAUUGACGACGGCCAGUCAAAAAUAAUAUUAUGAAUUCUUAUCAUACGUUCCAUUUUUGAUGCCAGACACUGAAAAGUCUUAGCUGCUCUUACUGGAGGAACUUAAGAGUUGACAGUCUACAGCAAUGCUUGUUCCUAUCUUCACUUUAAAACUCAACCAUCGUGUGACUCCCAGGGCUGUUGCAGUGGGGCGAUAUGAUGGCAGGCAUCCAGCACUCACAUGUGCUACUACAGCAGGAAAGGUCCUGGUUCACAGUCCACACACAAAACAGAUAGACUCUGGCUCGGGAACAGGCUCCGACAUCAGUCUGCUGAACAUCAAUCAGCAGAUCACAUCGUUGGCGUCAGGCCAGUUGGAUUUGAAUUGUGAGGGAGACCUACUGGUAGUGGGGACCCCCACCAAUGUUUUGGCAUACGACAUCAACAAUAACAGGGACUUGUUUUACAAAGACAGCCCUGAUGGAGCUAAUGCUAUUACCAUUGGAAUGUUGGGAAGCAUUGAGACCCCUCUUGCUGUUGUCGGUGGCAAUUGUUCUAUACAAGGGUACAACAGUGAAGGAGAGGACAGUUUCUGGACUGUGACUGGUGACAAUGUGCAGAGCAUUUGCUUGCUUGACUUCAGCAACAAAGGCCAAAAUGAGCUGAUUGUUGGCUCGGAAGAUUUUGACAUCCGUGUCUUUAGAGAGGACGAAAUUAUUGCGGAAAUGACGGAGACAGAGGUAAUCACCAAUGUCUGUCCCAUGCUGGGCACAAGGUUUGGUUAUUCGUUGGGGAAUGGAACUGUUGGGGUCUACGACAAAACUUCAAGAUAUUGGAGAAUCAAGUCGAAAAACCAAGCUGUGUCCAUUCAUGGCUAUGAUUUAGACAGCGAUGGCGUGCCUGAGUUGAUCACUGGCUGGAGCAAUGGAAAGAUUGAUGCUCGGAGCGACAGGACAGGUGAGGUGAUCUUCAAGGACAACUUUAAUCAUUCAGUUGCUGGAAUCGUACAGGCUGACUAUCGCCUGGACUCAAACACCUCCCCUGGAGAACAGCUGUUGUGUGUGUCUAUAGAGGGAGAAGUCAGGGGCUAUAAUCCAGCCAGCGGCGGGCCAGGCAGCAGCCUCAUGGACUCCAAUGUUGAGCAGGACACGAUCCGAGAGCUGAGUCAGAGAAAGCAGAACCUGAUGCUGGAACUGAAAAACUAUGCGGAAAACUCCAAGGUGGCCAUGACAGGUGGUGCUGCGGGUCUGGCAGCGUCAUACGGAGGUCAACCUGGUGGUGGCGGAGGAGGAGGAAGGCUGGGCCCAGGUGGAGGAGGUCCAGGGAAUGUGCCGUUUCCUGGCAUGGGUGGUCUGCAGCCUGGAGCUACCAGUGGCUUUGACGCAAGUGGCGGUGGCAUCGACGGGCCGAACAUGGGUGGCUCCUCGGCUCUUGCAGGCCACUCCAUGGGGCCCGGUGGGAUGUCCCAGAGUGCGGGAGGAGGGAUGCAGAAUCUCAAGCUGGGCGGUAGUUUAGGGGAGUACAAGGCGUCCCCUGUCGGCAUGAUCCCGGCGAACACUCAGCUUCAGACAACUUUGACCGUAAACACAGGGGAUGAGACGAGACCACCUCAUGUUGAGCUCAUCAUCAGCACCACAAAUGACACAAUCAUCAGAGCUGUGUUGAUCUUUGCUGAAGGAAUUUUUGAAGGAGAAAGCCAUGUUGUACAUCCUAACGGGCAGACCAUCAGCAGCUGUCUGAAGGUACCGAUUGUCCCUCCCAAAGAUGUUCCAGUUGAUCUACAUAUUAAGGCUAUGAUUGGGCAGAAGAACAGCAACCAGUUCCACGUGUUUGAGCUGACCAGGACCCUGCCCCGGUUCUCCAUGUACAGCCUCAUGACGGAAGAAGUCCCCGAACCUCGCAGCUCUGUGACCUUUACCCUCAAUGAGAGACCACAAAGGAUGCUGAUGUGGAUUAACCAGAACUUCCUGCUCCUGGAUGACUUGACUGUGGAGGGCGACCUCCUCUUCACCUUUAUGUCUCUCCGAGGGUCCGGCCCUCUGGUCCUGAAGAUGUCACAGGCAGGUCAGGUUGUGAUUCAGACGGAUGACAUGGACUUAGCCGGGGAUGUGAUCCAGUCUUUGGCUCAGUUCCUCAACAUUGAAGACCUUCAGACCACAGCAGACUUCCCUGUGGAGACAGAGACUCUCAGGCAAAUCUUGGUCAAGGUGGAUGAGUUCCAUAAGGUGCGGAGCAAACUGACUGCUGAGAUGGCUGACCACUCCAACCUGAUCCGCAGUAUGGUGGUCAGAGCAGAGGAUGCCAGGAUCAUGGGAGACAUGCGCAGUAUGCGUAAGGGCUACAUGGAGCUGUAUGACCUCAACCGUGACCUCAUCGCGGGCUACAACAUCCGCUGCAACAACCACCAGGAGCUGGUGGCGUGCCUCAAACAGGUCAACCAGAUCAUACAGAAGGCUGGACGGGUCAGAGUCGGCAAAUACAAGAGCCAAGUGGUGACAUCAUGCCGCAAUGCUAUCAAGAACAACAACACUUCCUCGCUCUUUAAAAUCAUCCACACGGGCAUGGCUUGAGGAGAGAGAACAAACAACUUUGAAGAAGUUCUUUGGUGUACUUUUCAUGAAGAGUGUUGUAUAGAUUUGCAUUACUAGUAUAGUGUGAGAUUUCUUUGAAGAUGAGCAAAGAUGGUCUCUAAGGUUUGUUUUGUCAUAGGGUGUAUUUUUAUUUGAAAAAUUGUUGUAAUUCUUGUGUGUGAAGUUGUGAAGUAUGUUAUAUAUUGUAUUAUAUUGAAUUGUUCAUGCCGCCUGUACAAUUAAUAAGGUGUAAGGGUUAUUCUAGCAUGAAAUGGAAAAAAUGAAGUCAAGCAAUAAAUGAAUAAUGUUGCUUUUUUAAAAUAUGCUAAGCAUGUUUGGAAGUGUUUGGUUUAAGAUGCUUUGAGAUGAAAUCAAGCUUUUUCAUAAAAAAGUUCUGGUAUGUAUCUCAAUAUCUAGUUGCUUAUUCUGAAAAUUUUUUAGACUUUAAUUUUUUUUCUUUUUCUAUAAAAAUUGAAGGAAAGCUAUUCCAUACACAGUAUUGGUCAUUUGUCAGAUGGAGCACUUCAUCUUCAAAUGAACAAUUAGCACUGUCUCACAACCCAGUCAGUUAAAUCCUUUUGCAGGUGGACUGGAUCAUUUCCUAUGUCGAGGCCAGCCAGGGAUGUUUUGGGUACUAGGUCUAGGCUCCAAAGGAGAGAGGAAAAUAUUACUAAAACAUGAACUCCACACGGGAAUAGAACUCUCAUCUUUUCAAUGCUCCUGUGCUUUUUUAAUGAUCUAGCUUGUGCCAAUGGGAUGUAAUAUGGUCUAUGAAUUAAUUUGAUGAUUUAAUUUUUAAAAAACUUUUUUAUUACCAUCUUUUUAGUUUCAGAGACAAUGAAUGAGUGAGGGGAUCCAGGGAAGGAAGAGGGAAAGAAGAGGGGGGUUGGAGGGGGAGAGAGAGAGGGGGAGAGAGAGAGAGGGAGAGAGAGAGAGAGAGAGAGAGAGAGAGAGAGAGAG